AUGAACAGUCGACAAAGACCUCUUAACAACUCAAACAUUGAAGCCAGAAGGACCUCAAGAAUAGCUGGGCCUGGAAAGCCGCUGCCAGCACUGCUGAGUCUGCUGACUGCUGAGGUUGUUGAUUUAAUUAUACAAGAGAUGAAUAAUCGUUUCUCGGAAGUUAGCACGGAAUUGCUUAGUUGCAUAGCAUGUCUUGAUCCAAAAAGUUCUUUCUCUCAAUUCAAUGUGCAGAAACUACUCCGUCUUGCUGAUUUAUAUCCUGAAGACUUCUCAAGUAACGAUUAUUUAUAUCUUGAGUCUCAACUUCGAAAUUAUAUUUAUAAUGUGCAACGCGAUCCUCAAUUUUCAGAAGUUGGAGAUUUGGGAAGUCUUGCUCAACAAAUGUUGGCAUUAGUUCUACCAGUUGCGACUGCUUCUGUUGAAAGAGUAUUUUCUGCAAUGAAUAUUGUCAAGACUGAUUUGCGCAACAAAAUGGGAGACGAGUGGAUGAAUGACUGUCUGGUUGUAUACAUCGAGAAGGAUAUUUUUGCAACAAUUGAAAAUGAGCAAAUAUUGCAACGUUUUCAACGGAUGAAGACUCGCAGAAUGCAAUUGCCUCCUCUUCGUUAUUCGAGUGCAACAACUACCAAUACUUCAAGUGUUAAUCAAUAA